AUGGAACUUCUCAGGAUCCACAACAACCAAAUUGAUGUUAUCGAGGAUUUAGCUUUUGUUAAUCUCGUUUCUCUUAAAAGCAUCCAGGUUGAUAGCAACAAAUUAAAACAUUGGAACAGGGAAUGGUUUACCAAUACCACCAAGCUGGAGAUCAUGAACUUCCAGAACAACAAGAUUAGAACUAUUCCUCGAAGAGCGUUUGCCAUGUUAAAUAAAAUUUCGGCUAAAGAUGUAACGUUAGACAAUAAUCCUUGGAAGUGUCCAUGUUUAGAUAGAAUUGCUUAUUGGGUGUAUAAGAACAACGGUACUAUUAGAGCUUCUAGUGAGUGUGCUGGAGGCAGAAUACCAGUAUGUGCUUAUCCUUCGACGUUUUCGCAGACGUGUUUGGAACAUGUCGAUGAAGACGUGACAAAGAAAUAUUUGAAAAAUUUGAAAUCUCUCGAUCCACCGCUUCCUGAAUAUUGUGUUUUGCCGGAUUGA